GGACGCUGUAGCACCUAAAGUCUGUGUAGGUCGACAAUUUGUUUCCAUGUUUUGCUUUCACCCUGUUUUGAUUAUUUAUGAGAACUGAUGCUGAUUCUUAUAAAAGAAACAAACGUCAAAGUCUUCUAAUGAUUUGCUGCAUCUCCUCCUUUGCGAGCGGCUCCGAGUCUUCUCCAGAUCUCUUUUCCUUCUCUUUAUGUCGCUGGCUAUGGUGGUUAAGCCUCUUGGUUCUGAGGAAACAAGUUUCUUUCUUUCUUUGUUAUAUGUAUAUUCUGAGUCACCAACCCAUUCGAGGUUCCAUCAUCAGCCAGAUCUUCAGACUCGCCAUGAAAACACACGGUGCUGGACGGCUACGAGGAAGAACAAAGAAUGGCAGGAGAAUCUGCCUGUUGUUGUCUUGAAAGCUGAGGAAAUCAUGUACUCUAAAGCCAACUCCGAGAGUAUAGAGAUGCUUAUACUAUGUGGAAUAUAGUCAGUGAUGUCAUUGCCACCAUUAUUAGAAGAGAUGAAAGCACUGAAACUAGCCCAGUAUGUGAUAUAUCCUUUGUAUUACGGAGGUCAUAAGCAGACCCAGCAAGUGGACAUGUCUUUAAGAGUCCCUGAGACGCCAAUAAUUAUUGGCAUGCCUAUUAGUAUAAAGGCUCCGGACGGAAGAACAAAGAGGUUCUGUGAUUUUUCCUUGAAGCUUGGUGUAUCAUCUUCAGAUCCACCCUCCACAAGAAUAGAUGUUGGUCUUGCUGUGCUUACCAAGGAAGAAACCAAGAAGAGUUAUGUUUGUUCCAGAUAUUGUUUGAGCUCUUGGUUAAAUUUAAAACUGCCCAAGAAAUGAUAAAAGCAAAUGACUUGGUUUAAGCAAGUAUUUGGUAUUCAGAAAAAAAGUUUGCUUCCAAACCAUUUUGAAGGUUCAUU